AUGAAUGCAGAUCAAUUGCUCUAUCAGAUGGACCAUUCCUCCACCCAGAAUGAAUGGUACGACUUUGAGAACUUCUUCGACUUUCCCUCAGGCUGCCUCGACAGCAACUCGACCUCGGUGGAUUCGAUCUCACCCAAGGACUAUGACCUGUCAUACAACGACAUCGAUGGAAUAGAGUGGGAGUCCGCUCAACUCCCCGUCCCCGACAUGGUCAACUACGAGACCUCGUUUGGGGAAUGUGUUGAUCAGGCAUUGGGCAUGUCCGACCUCAAUGCGGACCCCAACGACUUCCUUCAAUUCCCUCCUCAGUCGCCGAAGGAAGAUCUUGCAGCACCACACUUCAGCAACCCUCUAUCUUUGGACGUGCCCAGCAAUGCCGACUCUUUCUAUUCCACUCUUCGUCACUUGGUCGAGUCUCAAGCAGCGGCCGAGCCCCACGGUCCGUCGCAAAAGGAGAAGCGGAGAGAUGCUGCUAUUGCUAUUCACUUGCAACGCCUUCAAGGCACUUCUAUUUCCGACCUUGAACUCUUCCCGGAAGCACCUGGCUUCCCAUCUCCACCAGAGUUCAGUUCCACCCAUUGCGGCCCCUCUGAGAGCCCAGCUUCGGUAUCACUGUCAGAAUCAACCAGCAAAUCGUCCACUCCUCCGUCAGGGCCUGACUCCACAGCUGGUGGCAUGGAGUUGGUCCUGGAUCUGAACAUGAACACACCUGCGAACCUUCCGAGGAAGCAAAAACCUCGUUCUCGUGCACAGAAAGAGAACUACAUCAAAGUCCGGAAACAUGGCGCCUGUGAAAAACAUCGAAAACAACAUAAGAGAGGUAGGGGCAUCGCUCGCAGAUACAAAUCUGCGCAUCCAUGGCGCAACCCAAAGACAAUCCACAUGGCCGACAACUCCAAAGCAAACCAAUGUCGCGCCCAAUCUACAACCAACAAGCGUCUUGGAUCAAAAUCCCUUGCACCGGGUGGUCCAUCUGGAUUCACGCCAUGUGCAUCCUGGAACCCCCAGUUGCCCUACGCGCACUACGAAUACACAAACCCCAAGAAUGGAGGUCCGGCAGUCGGAUACAACGCUACCUUCAACCCAUUGCAGAUCGAGCCCCCUGGUUACAACUCCAAGCCCAUCAGGCUCGACUCGCACGACAAAUACCCGGCCUAUUACGCAUACCGAUGUACCCGGAUCACGUACCGUGGUCCGGCGCAUCCCAGAUCAGUCUGUCAAACCGCAGAGAUCAGCGAACAAAACACAACCCACAAAGUUGGGCGAGGACGCAGUCCAUCUACAAUCCGUCCCGGGAAGUAUUUUGUUGCUCGGAAGGGAAUGGGGCUGUUCUAG